AUGUCAAAACUGCGAAAUUUGCCAAUGGUUAUCAUCGUCAUGGUUACAAUGAUGAUGACUCUGAAUUUCAUUCCGAAACCAUUAAUCCUCGUAUCGAGUCAACAACACGAUGUUCAACUUGACCAACCAUUAAAUUCCCAAACUUUCAAAUCUACUUCAACCAAAUUAUCAUCAUAUAUUAUUCCGAACAUUCCCUAUUUCUCUCAAAUCACAGAUUAUUCCUGUGGAGCUGCAACCUUACAAAUGGCUCUCACCUAUUGGGAUUCUUUAUAUCAUCAUCAUCCUUCUCGAGCAGAUCACUCGUUCUCAUUGAACAAGCCUUCAACAACAAGUAAUACUAUUCAUCAAUUACCCCAAAAAGUAAAAAUCAUUGAUCAACGAUCCAUUAUUGAUGUUGCCAGAACUUCCAACCACACCGGAACCAGCUCAUUGGACGUGGUUCGGAGUGCCAGAUUUUCUCCAUUGAGCUCAACUCCCAUUCAACAAUAUUAUCUUCAAUUUCCUUCGUAUGCUCCUGAGCAUGGUUGGUUUGGACAAUACAUUCAUUCUUCCAACUCUCAAAGAUUGAACCAUGAAAAGACUCAUCUGGACACGGAUUCUUUAUAUGACCACAGUGGUUUAUUGACUGUGUAUUAUCCAGAGAGAUCCAGUGAAUCAUCAUGGUUGCACUCUAAAAAUUGUAAAAAGAAAUUGGGAGGAGGAGCAUUGGAUCAAGGAGUGAACUGUUGGGUUUCUGAAUUGGUCACUCAAUUUUUGAAGCAAGACAUUCCAGUGAUUUGUUUAAUGUUUUAUGAAAAUCCACAAGAGAGUGGUGAUUAUGAAGGGCAUUAUCGAUUGGCUGUGGGUUAUGAAUCUGAAAUGGUGACAACGUCGAAACAGAUGACAAAACCUUCUGUAAAUGAAAAUUCAAAAGAAUACACAACCACGAAUGAAAUUAUAACGAGAAUUAUCAUGUAUGAUCCAUACGAUCGAGAUGGAAAUGCACCCAUUUCCAACUUUACAGUAGAGGAAUUUUGUAAUUUGUGGAAUUAUACCGAACUCAGAUUUAAUGAUACCUGUUAUAGACCUUAUUUUGGAGCGGCAUUGCUGCCAUUGCAACUUGUUAUGGAUUCACUGGAUCGUGUGAAAUACACUCUACGAAUCCGAUAUCCUUGUUUUAAAUUUUCCCAAGUUGGACUGCAAACCACUCCACUGGAUCAUGUCUAUGCACAAAUGACACUAUUUGGAAAAGAAUUUAGAAAUGAAUCGAGUCCAAUACUCUUUCAAACCAAAAUUCCAAUCACUAUGAAAAUGAAUCAUUGUCAAGAACAUGAUAUCGACAUUAACUUGACGCAAUAUAUUCCAAAUACACAGCUAUUGGAACAAGUGACUCACAUUCGAGUAAACGUGAGUGGUACAGUCUGUGAUAAGACGUUGAAAUGGCUCUAUGAAGAAAAUACGAACAAAUUUAGCGAAGCUUACUCGUAUUGCGAUCAAGUUGGAGGUAGUAUUCUCAUUUCACGAUAA